GAUUCCUAAGCCUUCACUUUCAUUUUCCACAGCUUCCACUCUCCUUCCUAACUAUUAUUACAUCAUUUUCUCUCUCAACUUUCUUUGCUUCCGAAGAAGUAAAUAGAGAAGAGAACAUAAUAUAAUCCACCAGCUUGCUGCACUUAGCAUUCAACUAAAAAAGUUACAAAUUUUGCCUUGUUUUUCUGACCUUCUUGGCCAGCAUUGCAAUAUCACAUGGGGAGGCAUUCUUGCUGUUACAAACAGAAGUUAAGGAAAGGCCUUUGGUCUCCUGAAGAAGAUGAGAAACUUAUAAAGCAUAUUACUAAAUAUGGUCACGGCUGUUGGAGUUCAGUCCCUAAAUUAGCAGGUCUUCAGAGGUGUGGAAAAAGUUGUAGGCUCAGGUGGAUUAACUACUUGAGACCUGAUUUAAAGAGAGGGACAUUCUCGCAAGAUGAAGAGAAUUUGAUCAUUGAACUUCAUGCAGUUCUUGGGAACAAGUGGUCUCAAAUUGCAACUAGAUUACCAGGAAGAACAGAUAAUGAAAUUAAGAAUCUGUGGAACUCUUCUAUUAAGAAAAAGCUAAGACAAAGAGGUAUUGAUCCAAAUACACACAAGCCACUUUCUGAGGUUGAAAAUGAAGAGAAAGCGUCAGCAAACAGUAACAAUAAGAACACUGACAAAGUUUCUGAAAGCUCCAAUAAUGAUCAGCUCAAUUUUGUUGAGGCUGCUCAUGAGAAUGGAUUUUCAAUAGAAAAGCCAAAGUCAUCUUCAAUGACAAUUAUGGACCAUUAUCCACUUAUUGAGACCAAUAAUAUUGCCCCACCAACUCAUGAAUUCUUCACCACAAAUUGCAAGUCUCCUUAUUUUUCUAAUUAUCUCUCCUUUCAGCACUUGAAUAAUUACACUCCCAACACCAAUAUUCUCUUCAAUAAUAAGAAUUCUGCUCAUGAUAUGGUAUCUGAUCAUCAGUUCAAUUGUAGCCUUUCACCCAUGUCGAAUUCUAUUCUCACUACAUCCCCGUUGGCACGUAUAAAGUCGCCUUCUUUAACUACUCUUCCUCCUGAUAAUAGUUUUAAUAUCAACAAGUCCCAGAAUUGGGAAGCUUGUACUCUCAGCAGCAACAGUAAUGGUAGCAGUAACAGUAUUGAAUUACAAAGCAACUGUUCAUUCUUUGAUAACAAUGCUGCAGCUUUCGCAUGGGGAUCAACAACAGCACAUGGUAGUGGGAAACCAGAGAGAGAAGAAAUCAAAUGGUCUGAGUAUUUGCAAACCCCAUUUUCACUAGGUUCUAACACAAUCCAGAAUCAUCAAAUUUCGUCUCAACAUCAAGACUUAUACAACAACGAAACAAAAUCCGAGACACAGUUCAUGACACAAGGUUCAUUGGGUACUACUACAACAUGGCUUCAAAACCAACCGCAAGAAUCUUCUCUACAAAAUGCAAACUUAUACAAUAGUAACACUUAUCAGAGACUUCCCGCCGCCUUUGGACAGUUUUCUUAGCCUAUUUUCACAGGUUAAUCUCACUUAUCAUGGACGGUUACUUCCCUACAGGUGUGUGUUAUAGAGUUUUUCUUAUUGAUCUGUAAAUAGAUCUUACACAUAUUUCCUUCCGUUGUCUCAACACUGGAUAUUCUUGAUAAAAUAUUGAAAUUUGUUGAUCAUCCUUUUGUGUAUGGUAUAUGAUAGUAAAUGUACUUCAAUUUUUUUUUC